AUGCAAAAAUCUAAAAUUACUAAUCGAUUAUGUAGACUACCUGGUCGUUUAGAUGGGAAAUUAGUUAUUGUCACUGGUGCAAAUAUUGGUUGUGGACUUGAAUUAAGCGGUGAAUUAGCACGUCGUGGAUGUACUGUAAUUAUGGCAUGUCGAGAUUUAGAAAGAGGAUUUUUAGGAAAAGAAGUUCUACUUGAUCGAUUUGGUGAAAGAAGUCAAGAGAAAUGGAGAAAAUCACCAGCUGGUCCAGGAGUUGAACCAUUUCUUGAUGUUAUUAAAACAGCACAGUUAAUUGUUGAACAUUUAGAUUUAGCUUGUUUAGAAUCUAUUCGUCAUUUUGCUAAAAAUAUUUUAAGUCAAUAUACACGAUUAGAUAUAUUAAUCCAUAAUGCUGGAAUGAUGGCUACUAGUUACAUGGAAACACAUGAUGGAUUUGAAUUACAAAUGGGUGUUAAUCAUUUAGGUCCUGUAUUAUUAACUGAAUUAUUAUUACCAUUAUUAUAUAAUGGUGCACCAUCACGUGUUAUUGUAAUUGCUUCAAAUCUAUAUCAACAAGGUGAUAUUGAUGUGAAUAAUUUAAAUUUACGCGGUGAACAAUAUGGACCAUUUAAAGCAUAUAAUCAAUCAAAAUUAGCUAAUGUUUUAUAUGUUCGUGAAUUAGCUAAACAAUUAGAUGGUUUAAAAGUGAUACCAAUGGCUGUACAUCCUGGUGCAGUAAGAACAGAAAUAUCAAAUACAGGAGAUCAUAGAUAUCAGUUAUUUCUACGUGCUGUUGGUAUAAGUCCAUGGGAAGGUGCACAAACUGCAUUAUAUUGUACAUUAAUUAAUGAUCCAGUACCUGGUGGAUAUUAUUCUAAUUGUGAAAGAGAAGAAUUAACUGAAAAAGCAUUAAAUGAAUCACUUAGUAAAAAAUUAUGGGAUGCAUCACGUGAAAUGGUUGGUUUACCACCGAAUUUAUUAAGUUUACCAUAA